AGAAACAAAGAGCGGAAGUUAAAACACAGAGAGCGAGCUUCCCCAAAAAGAGAUAGAGAGAGAGAGAGAGAAAUGGCGGGAGGUAAGUGGCGGUUCCUAGAAGUAGCAGUCGUAGUAAUGGUGUUGCAGUGGUGGUGGGGUUAUAAUGGUAAUUUAGCUGAGGGAUUUCCAGUAGAAGAUCUUGUGACAAAGCUGCCUGGACAACCGGAAGUGGCAUUCAGACAAUUCGCGGGUUAUGUCGAUAUCGAUGUCAAAGCUGGUCGGAGUCUCUUCUACUACUUCGUCGAAGCCGAGAAGCAACCCCACUCUAAACCUUUAACUCUUUGGCUCAAUGGAGGACCAGGCUGUUCUUCCAUAGGAGGAGGAGCUUUUACGGAGUUGGGUCCAUUUUACCCCAUCGGAAAUGGUCGUGGCCUCCGUAGAAAUCCCAAAUCUUGGAACAAAGCCUCAAAUCUAUUGUUUGUGGAUUCACCGGCUGGAGUAGGAUGGUCUUAUUCGAAUACAACUUCUGAUUACACUACCGGCGAUGAAUCCACCGCCAAGGAUAUGCUGGUGUUCAUGUUAAGAUGGUUAGAAAAAUUUCCACAAUUCAAGACUCGAAACCUCUUUCUCGCCGGCGAAAGCUAUGCAGGACACUAUGUACCUCAAUUAGCUGAUGUGAUACUCGAAUACAACGCUCAACAGUCAAAUAGAUUCAAGUUCAAUCUCAAAGGGAUUGCAAUCGGGAAUCCGCUUUUGAAGCUUGACCGCGAUAUUCCAGGGAUAUAUGAGUUCUUCUGGUCACACGGGAUGAUAUCUGAUGAACUUGGCCUCACUAUCAUGAACCAAUGCGAUUUUGAAGAUUACACAUUCACAGAUUCACACAACAUAAGCAAAUCUUGCGAAGCCGCAGUGAGUCAAGCUGGAACCAUCAUCACUCAAUAUAUCAAUUACUACGACAUCCUCCUCGAUAUCUGCUACCCGUCCCUCUUCGAGCAAGAGCUCAGGCUCAAGAAAAUGGGUACAAAGAUGAGUUUUGGGGUGGACGUGUGCAUGAGUUAUGAAGAACAAUUGUAUUUAAAUCUUCCUGAGGUUCAAAAGGCUCUACAUGCUAACCGAACUCAACUGCCAUAUCAAUGGUCUAUGUGCAGCAGCCUCUUGAAAUACAAUUAUACUGAUGGGAACACCAAUAUACUUCCAAUUCUUAAGAGAAUCGUGAAGAGCAAAGUCCAUGUUUGGGUCUUCAGUGGGGAUCAAGAUUCUGUAAUUCCACUUCUUGGUUCAAGGACUUUGGUAAAAGAACUUGCAGAUGAUCUCAACUUCAAUACCACAGUUCCCUAUGGAGCUUGGUUUGACAAAGGACAGGUUGGCGGAUGGGUAAUAGAGUAUGGGAAUCUACUGACAUUCGCAACGGUGAGAGGAGCGGCUCAUAUGGUACCGUACUCGCAGCCUUCACGAGCUUUGCAUUUGUUCACCAGCUUUGUGCUUGGCCGGAGAUUACCAAACAAAUCACCUCCUGCUCUUCAUGAUUGAAGGGGAAGCAAUGCUACUCUUUUUAAUUAUUUUCGUUGGUCAUGUUUCUUUUGUUUUUUUCUUUAGAGAUCAGUUUCGUUGUUUCAGUUGAAAGCAAUUAUUUGAAUAAUAUUAUUAAAAGAUACUUUAAAUA